AUGUCUGGUCUCGCUCUCCCCAAAGGUCCUCAGGCGGGCCCAUCCAACUCCAACAAUGCCCCAGACGGACGACAGACUCUCGCUGGAGCGGGAGAUGUAGCGACGAGGCAACCUCAGAAGGCUGUGGCGAGUGUUCCGGAGAUUACGGCGGUGGAUGGUUUGGUUCCAACCUUACAAAAUAUCGUUGCUACCGUCAAUUUGGACUGUCGUCUCGACUUGAAGACUAUUGCGCUUCAUGCUCGAAAUGCCGAGUACAACCCUAGACGUUUCGCCGCCGUCGUCAUGCGUAUUCGAGAUCCCCGUACAACUGCCCUUAUCUUCGCUUCCGGAAAGAUGGUCGUCACUGGUGCCAAGUCAGAGGACGAUUCGCGUCUAGCUUCUCGAAAGUACGCGCGUAUCAUCCAGAAGCUUGGUUUUGAUGCCAAGUUUGCCGAGUUCAAGAUUCAGAAUAUGGUGGGCAGUUGUGAUGUCAAGUUCCCGAUUCGGUUGGAGGGUUUGGCUUUCAGCCACGGUGCUUUCAGCAGUUACGAACCCGAGCUGUUCCCUGGUCUCAUCUAUCGUAUGUUGAAGCCGAAGGUCGUCAUCCUGAUCUUUGUCUCCGGCAAGAUCGUCCUUACGGGUGCAAAGGUGAGAGAGGAGAUUUACAUGGCGUUCAACCAGAUCUAUUCUGUGCUGCUUGAAUUUCGAAAAACAACAUGA